AUGUCGAGAUCAUUGGUUCAACCAGUAGGUCAAAAGCGAUUAACAAACGUAGCAGUUGUUCGUCUCAAAAAACACGGCACGCGAUUCGAAAUCGCUUGUUACCCUAACACCGUCCUUUCAUGGCGUUCCGGCGUUGAAAAGGAUAUUGAUGAAGUGUUGCAGUCUCAUACAGUUUAUACAAAUGUUUCUAAAGGUGUUCUUGCUAAGUCUAAGGAUUUAAACGCUGCUUUCGGUACUGAUGAUCACUCCAGUAUAUGCUUAGAGAUUUUAAAGAAGGGAGAACUUCAGGUUGCUGGCAAAGAGAGGGAAUCAAUGUUGUCUAGUCAGUUCAGGGACAUUGCCACCAUUGUAAUGCACAAAACUUUUAAUCCUGAGACUAAGCGCCCUUACACUAUCAGCAUGAUUGAACGCCUCAUGAGGGAUAUCCAUUUUGCUGUUGAUCCAAACAGCACCUCCAAGAAGCAGGCUCUGGAGUUGAUUCAGGAGCUUCAGAAGCACUACCCUAUAAGACGGUGUCCAUUGAGGAUACGCGCUGCCGCCCCUGAGGAGGAAGUACCUGUCCUUUUAGAAAAGCUGAACGAGUGGAAGGCAACCGUUAUUUCUAAAGAAGGGACUGCUGCUCAGUUAUCUGUUGUUUUUGAAUUAGAACCUGGUCUAUAUAAGGAUUGUCAUGACUUUGUUAUGAAUAAGAUGCAUGGAAGAUUUGAAGUUCUUGCCCACUCUCUUUAUGUGGACGGGGAUACACAGGUGGAUCAAUACAAUGAUCAUGAAGACAUGCCUGCACCACUGCCCACAAAAACUCCUGAGUCCGUGCUUGAGCUGAAUGAUAAACUUCAGAAGCAAACAAUUUCAAGUGCAACUAAGCCUACUGAGGUACAACAACCAAAGCAAAACAAAUGCAACACAUGUGAUGCUGCUUUUGAAGAUGCUAAGCUGUACAGGGAACACCACAAGAGUGAGUGGCACAAGCACAAUAUGAAGCGUAAAACUAGGCAACUCCCUCCACUCACCGAAGAAGAGUGUGCUGCAGAUAUGGAUUUGUUUGAAUCAAAAUCUGAUUUAAAGGAUUAUUCAUUUUGA